AUGUGUUCUUCAGAAGCUAGGGCGUACCCCAGAAGCGACGCGCAUUGUCCUCGCCUGGGCAAUGUGGCAAAUAUGCGAGGGCUAGCGGCUAGAGGACGAAGCCGGCCAAAGAAGUUAGUCCGCCAUCGCCAGCAACAUCCAGUGCGCUUGGCAACACUUAACGUUGGGACGCUUACUGGAAGAAGUCGUGAACUGGCAGACAGUCUCAGAAAACGCCGUGUUGACAUAUGUUGUGUACAGGAGACUCGCUGGAAAGGCUCCAAGGCAAGGGAAUCAGGCGAUGGCUACAAGCUGAUCUACCACGGCACAUCAAAUCGCAAUGGCGUUGGUAUCAUAUUGAACGAGUCGUUUAGAAAUAGCGUCACAGCGGUGGAUCGACUAUCGGAUCGCUUGAUGGCUGUAAAAGUAGAUACAGGAAAAGUGGAAUUGCGAGUCGUCUCUGCUUAUGCGCCACAGGCGGGCUGUAGUGAAGAAGAGAAGACAAGCUUUUGGGAGGAUCUGAAGCAGUACGUCCAAUCCCUGGAAAGCGAAGAAAUACUUUUAAUCGGAGGAGACUUCAACGGACAUGUCGGUUCUCGGAAAGACGGAUUCGAGAGUUGUCAUGGUGGACACGGCUAUGAAGCUCGUAACGACGACGGGUUGCGAAUCCUGGAGUAUGCUGUUGCAAGUGACUUGAUCAUUGCUAACACGCAGUAUCGGAAAAGAAAAUUGCAUUUGAUCACGUACACCAGCGGCGGUCGUGAAACACAAAUAGAUUUCUGGAUGUUACGCCGACGAGAUCGCCGACUUCUGCAGGAUUCAAAAAUCAUUCCUACAGACCAUGUCACUGGACUUGAAAAUCUCCCGUCCAAGGAAGAGACAUCCAAGGACUGA